AUGGUCCUCAGCCCAUGGGGCCACAUAUGUGGCCUCCUGCUGCUGUUGCUGCUGCCAUCUCUAGGGACUGGCCCUGCCCUAUGCAGGGGCCUUCCCAGGCCACUUGAGGACUCAGGACCCCACCUGGUACCAUCAGAGUCUCAGGCUUUUGACCAGAAUCCCAGAGAGGAGAGCCCCUGGCACUCUGAUAUUCCCCAGGUCCCUGCUGAAGGCCCUGAGAGACCUGCAGAUUCUCCUCUAGGCCCAGCCCUGCAUGGACCCAAAGCAGCUCACGGGGCCCAUCGAGAACAACUCCCCGUAACUGAUGACCUUCAGCUGGCUCAAGGGCCCAGCUCCCAGGGCUGGACAGGACCGCCCGACUCACAGGACCUUCUGGAGCAAGAAGCACUGGCCCCACGGCCAGUGGCACCCCCCAACCUUACCUCUAUCUCCACAACUCCCAGACUUCAACUAAAGGUGACCACACUUGCCCCCUUCCCACAGGAGCCUGGAGGCCCAGUGGUGCAGCAAAUACCUAGAGAUGAGGGUCUGAAGGCCAAAGCUAAGACCAGAGUCUCACAGACUUCCCCCUUGGACCACCUUGGCUCUCCCCACACUAUCAGGAGGCCGUUGCUGAAAGGACAGGGUGAGCACCAGGAGGACUUCCAGGAGGCAGCCCAAGCUCCCAUCUCCACCCAGCAGGAUCCAGCGACCCCUCAUGUGGGCUCAGCACCCCCACUUGAGAUGGUGUCCCCUCAGGAGCCUGGGGCCCAGCCAGACCUGGCAUUGGCCAGAAGCCUUCCUCUUCCUGAGGAGCAACCAGUGGAGCCCCUCAAGAAGGCUGGAGCUGGAGAGACCUGGGAACUCAGCUCCCCAGGUCCCCCAUCCAAGCAGCCUGACCUUCCUGAUGUUAAAGACACCCCAGGACCCCAGCCCACACCUACUCCAGCUUCCCAGACUCCAGACAGGCAGCCACAUCCAGCCAUAGCAGCAAUGAACGGAGCAGAUCCGGUCUCUCCUCAGCGGGUGAGAGGAGCAGUGGAGGCUCCGGGCACCUCCAAGUCCCUCAUCCCUCGUCUCUCAGACCCUGGCCCAACUACAAACCGAACAGACAGCCCUGUGGGGGCCCUGCAGCCAGAUGAAGCUGAGGAGUGGCCAGGACGCCCCCAAAGCCAUCCCCCAGCACCCCCAGUGCAGGCCCCCUCAACAACACGCCGAGGCCUCAUUCGAGUCACCACUCAACGAGCCCUGGGCCAGCCACCCCCACCGGAACCCUCAGCCAGCUCUGUGGCUUCAGCACCAGCUUCCAGUCCCCCAGCCAAUGCCACUGCACCCCCUCUGCUCUGGGGGCCCCUGCGGCAGGUGCUGAGUAUUUCCUGGGAGCUGCACGUCUAUGGGGUGGGGGUGCUCUUCCUGCUGCCUGCGUUACUGGCACUGGCCACACUGGCAGCUGCCCUGACAGGGCCCCGGCUGGCCCUGGUGGCUGCGGUGCUGGUGCUGGUGGCUUCGGGUCUGCGAUCUGCCUACAUGCUCACCGACCCUUAUGGCUCGCAGGCGCGGCUGGGCACGCACGCCGGCCUGGUGCUCUACAACCUGCCCUUCCCUUUGCUACUCACGGCGCUGGCGGCCCUGACCCUGCUGGGCCUGGGCGUGGGGCUGCCACAGCCGCUGCAGAACCCGCUCCUGCUGGGAGCUGUGGCAUUGGUGCACGGCGUGGGAUUGCUCGCGACAGACCUGCUCUCCACCAAGCCUGUGGUUAACCUGCUGGCGCAGGGCCUGUCGUGCGCCUGGGGCGCGUCGGUGGCCCUGGGCACGCUGUGCUUAUGCCGUCGCCGCCUGCUGGACGGCCCGCGGGGCUGGGAUGCCAGCCCGGGCCCGCGGCUGCUGGCCGUGGCGGGCUCUCUGGGGCUGCUGGCCAGCGGCUUGCAGUUGGCGGCUGCGCUCUGGCUGUAUCCGGGCCCAGGCCAGGUGGGCCGCUUCUCCUGGGCCUGGUGGGGCGUCCAUUUCUGGCUGCGUCUGCUGGAGGUGACAUGGGCACUCGCCCUGGCGCUGGCCGCUGUGGCCGCCACGCGUCCCAGGCCGCCCACGGAGCACGCUUGCUGGGCUAAGCUGCUGCGCCUGGCGUGCCCCGCGCCGUCGGGCAAGAGCGAGGUGCCCGAGCGACCCAACAACUGUUAUGCGGGACCCAGUGGCAUCGGCACAGGCGGUUUGGACAUCAGCAAGAGCCUCAUCCGCAACCCCGCAGAAGGUGGGCCACCUGCCACGCCCAGUUCAGGCGCCUGGGGCUCAGCUGCGUCGCUGGGUCGCGGCCGGCAGGGUGGCCCGGGACCGUCCCGCAGCAGCGUGGGGCCCGCGCCGUCGCUGAGCGAGCUGGACCUGCGGCCGCCGUCACCGAUCAACCUGAGCCGCAGCAUCGACGCGGCGCUCUUCCGCGAGCACCUGGUACGAGACAGCGUGUUCCAGCGCUGCGGUCUGCGCGGCCUGGCCUCCCCGCCGCCAGGGGGCGCUCUGCGGCAGCGCCGGGGCAGUCACCCCGACGCCGAGCUCGACGGCGCCGGCUCCUCGCUGCUCCGCGGCCGCUGCCGCUCGCUCAGCGACGUGCGCGUGCGCGUGCCGGCCCCGCAGCCCGCUUCCGACGAGCCCGGCCGAGUGGCCGCUGCGGUGGCCGCCUCCGGCAGCUCCUUGGACAGCUUCUCCAGGGGAUCGCUCAAGAUCAGUUGGAACCCAUGGCGCCACGGGCUGUCGUCGGUCGACAGUCUGCCCCUAGAUGAACUGCCCAGCACGGUGCAGCUACUGCCUGCCCCGACCCCAGUGCCCGCGCCCACCCCUGCCCGGCCCGGGGAGCCCCAGGGCGAGGUCCAUGCGCGCUGCAAGCCUGGGGACUCCCGCAGCGCCUCCAGUGACACCAUUGAGCUCUGAGCACUCUGUCUCGCAGGACCUGGACCCUGCCUUCCAUGCGCACACGGCAUGGCUGCCUGGGACACUUGAGCAGUUGAACAACUGGCUUUCCUGGACCUGCACCUGACUGUAGCCCUUGGUGACUGACGGGCAUGA